UCUUCUAAAUAUUCGCAGUCGCUAUUGUCCGUUCAUUGACUAAAAGCUAAAUAUAUUUUUGAAAAACUAAAUAAUGGGGGUGUUUAAGUUUUUAUUAAUUGCAGUAGGAAUACUUAUAAAUAAAUCUGCAAGUGAACCGGCGGAUAUUUAUUUCGAUGACGUCGGAUUUGUUCUCGCAAUAUUUGAAAAAAAUCCUUUGAGACAAAACGAAAUUUUAUUUGUCGGUCAAGGAGUUUUAAUUGGACCUAAUAAAGUUAUCACGAGUUCGGACUUUCUUUAUGAGGACGCCGAUUUACAAGUGCGCGCUUAUAAUUGGCCGAAAAAUCAUUUUCAAUAUGAUAAAAAACCUUCGAUGUCGGAUUACCAGGAACGACAAGUUAAAGAAAUAAAACCAGUGGCGGAACUUUCGCUCCUUCAAUUGCUUAUUUUGGAGGAACCUUUUGAACAUAAUGUUCCUCUUAUCAAAUACUUUGAUAAUUAUUCCGAAGAUGUAUAUAACACGGGCACUAAGUGCGCAUUAGUGAAACUUAAGUACAAGGACAGUAAAUUUUACCAUAAAUUACUUGGCCCAACAUUAAAGAUCAAACAAAGGAAUAUAGCCAAGCAAAAAUCUUUUAGGCCAGAAGGAUGCAGUCCAAAGCUUCGGUCGAUUAUAACUAAAAACCACAUGAAUGUAUUUAGAGAAAAUAAUUAUUUUUGUGCCACGGAAACUGGAAAAAAACAUUGCAACAGUUACCCAGGAGCAGCUGUCAUUUGCCAAUCAUUGACAAGCCAAGAAAGUUAUUUAGCAGGCAUUCAAAUUCUUAAUGAUAAUUGUGAGCUCAUGUUCCAAAACACUCAAACUCUUCCAGAGAAUUUGGAAUGAAUAAAAUUCUAAUUAGGAGAAGGGGGGGGGGGGAGGGCAAAACGGGAUAGGCCGGCAAAAUGGGAUACCUUCAAAAUUUCGUCAAAAUUUUUUUUUCUCGAAAAACUUUCGAAAAUGGUCAAAAAUGACAUCUAGUAUCAUUUUACACUAUUAAAAGCUAAAAAAAAACAUUUUUAUAUUUUUUGCGAAAAGUAUAAUAUUGGCGCCAAUUUCAAAUUUUGAAAAGAAAUAACAAGGAAAAACUUAUUUAAAAAUAUGUUGAGAGUAAAUUUUAUUACUUACAUCAAUUUAGAAAUACAUUAUUACAUCAAUUUUAUUCACUUGAAAAAAAAAAAAAAAAAUUUACGUUUUUUUUGGGGUAUCCCAUUUUGCCCGCAGAAAAUAAAAAAUUUUUUUCUGAUGGCAGUCUAAAAUUCGUUAUAUUUAUUUCAAAUAGAAUCAAAAUGAAGCCAAUUUACGAUAUUUAUGUCCCUAAAAACUAAAUUUUCCGUUAAGUAUCCCAUUUUGCCCCCCCCUUCCCCUAAUUAUAAAUAUUAUAUGAAAAAUAAAAAUUACUGCA